AUGCAACUUCCAAAAUGUUCAAAAUUAGUAGCCAACGGUGCCCAAGCUUCAGUCUUACAAUGUAGAGAACAAAAUGUAACCUUUCACACAGAAUUUACAAAAUGUGGUCCUCAACCACGUUAUCUCAAUUUUACAAUUGCAGUCGAAGGUUGGGAGCUCGUACCCUUCACCGACUGCUAUUGGUAUUCAAAUUUUGUAAAUUUUAACGGGAAAACUAACGCUCACAAAAAUGGGGAAUGGAUUCCGGUGUUUGCAAACAUCCAAGUUCAAGGUAGAAAACUCAUUGAAACAGAGACAUUCGAAGCCGACAAUACUCUAGCAACCCUUCUGCAAAUGCACCCAGCCAUUCAAAAUAGCCCUUUGAGUCAUGCGUCGGUAAUGGCUGACAUUCUCGCCACCAAUCAUGAGCAUCAAUCAGAAGACAACACAAAAGAACUUCUCACUUCCAAUGUCCUAAUUCACCAUAGCGAUGCCCCUAACGUAGAUUUUGUAGCUAAAAUGGGGGGUUGGAUAAAAAAUUUCGGAGCCAUUUCAGGCUUUGGGAUGAUUUCAGUAUUCGCUGUAAGAUUUUCUGGUAUCGGGUCCCUCCUACUCAAAGCCUUCGCAAUCAUGUCAAAAAUAUUUCAACUCAACUACUUCAACAAAACACCACCAGCCAUUACUGCAACAGCCACACCACCACCGAUCCAAAUCAUUAUGCCUCCUACCAGUUCAUAUUCAACCCAAUCCACAGCCUCAGAACGAUCGACAGAGCCCCCACGGAGAAAGAAGAGGCAGCGAAACCACCAACGCCCUAAUCAGCCAGAAGCCGAAUCAUUCCUCCAAGAAAAUCGAAUCAAUCCUCCCACAUAAUUGAGGUAAUUGAUGUCUAAUGCAAUA